AUGUACCUUGAGCCUCAAGCACAGGCGGGGUUCUGGAAUACAAGACAUCAGGAGUAUGGUUUGGCGAGGCUGCGUGUAGAUGUCCAGGAUCAAAAAGGGGGUCGAAAUCUGGGGCCAGGCUUCGGGAUGUCACGCCGGAGACCUUACACAUCGGCCCUCAUGUUGGCCUACAAUUCCACGGGCGUCGGCUUGAACCCGAUGCUCGCCACGUCACAGUCGGCACCAACUCGACUAAGCAGGGUCUCGAUCGCAUCUCUGCUCGGUGCCAACAGCCACCAGUGCCGCUUCUGCCACUUGGGCUCCCACAUGCUGCGACGUUCUACUCCACCGUAUCUCAUUGGAUCCACAUCAAACUCGGCUCCUCUUUGA